AUGGAAGCUUUCUUCGCAAUACCAUUCACCGUCCUUGAAAUUCCUAAUAUAAAGAUUAAAAAGCCAUCAUGGUUGCAAGCUCCUUCUGCUAUGACAACGUUUUCGCUGGUGCUACUAUCUUACUUUCUUGUAACUGGAGGCAUUAUCUAUGAUGUAAUUGUAGAACCGCCUAGUGUUGGAUCAACAACUGACGAACAUGGACAUAGCCGUCCAGUUGCAUUCAUGCCCAACAGAGUCAAUGGACAGUACAUAAUGGAAGGUUUGGCUUCAAGCUUCCUGUUCUCUCUGGGUGGACUAGGCUUCAUUAUUUUGGACAGAACGCACAACCCAUCCACACCAAAGUUAAACAGAAUUCUGCUUAUAUCUGUAGCAUUCCUCUGCAUACUUGUUUCAUUCUUCACGACAUGGAUUUUUAUGAGAAUGAAGUUGCCUGGAUAUUUGCAGAACUGA